CACGACGCGAUACAACACCUCUGCGCCUCGAGCUGUGCGAGCUUCUCCUCUUUCAUCAAUGUAUCCCGCCAAGCCAUCACCAUAAUGUCCUCACCCAGCUCUUCGACGAGCGGAGGCAGCGGGCGCCGCAAUCGCUCCCCACCGCGCCCGCUCGAUCCCAUCUCGCGCACCGCGCUCCGAUACACCCUGUCCCCACGCGAAUACGAACUCCUCCAUCAAUACCUCAUCUCGCGCGCCCCGGCGGGCAUCCAGAAACACACGCCGUCGCCGCGACGCUUCGAGAAGAUCACAGGGCAGCGAGACCAGCGCGCGUCGUCCACGCGCCGUGGCUCGGAGCCGAUCAACAGUGAGGAAGUACGGUUGGAUGAUAAUGUGCAGGCUUUGCGGGCGGCGCUGAGGGUGUUUGUGGGAGUCUACCUGGGCUUCAAGGGGUAUGGCGUACUCAUGCGCAAGUUGGCAGAGCGGCGAGGGGCCAGGAGGGUGGAAAGCACGGCGGUGCGAUUCGGAGAUGCUCGGCUGGCUCUCAGCUUCUCCAGCAUUCUGCUCUUCCACAAGCUGUUGCAUCGCUUCUUCCAUCGCUUGCGAGCGUCUUUGCUAGACGACAAUGCUGUUGCGUUCCGGAAGCGAAAUCCUCAGAUCGCCCGCUUGCUCACGUCCGCUUACACGCCUUCGGUCGGCGCUGCUCUGGCGGGAGGCUUUCUGGGCGUGAGCCCGGCGGACCAACUGCGAAUCACGAUCGCCAUCUACGUCUUCACCCGAAGUCUGGAGUUCGGGUACAAUGCGCUCGAGGAAGGGGGAUAUCUAUGGAAGUCGGAGGAGGACGGAGGCAGCGGGCGACCUUGGUGGUUUGGCAGUUGGAUGAUCAUGCCCUUCGCAUGUGGCCAGCUGCUACACGCCUUCGUCUUUGAUCGCUCGUGCUUCCCUGCCGACUACGGCAAGUUCAUCAUGCAACGAAGUCCCGAGUACAUCCAACUCCGGCCUAAGGACUAUGCCCGCGACAGGCCGUGGCCGGGGACUUUCGACAUCGUCGAUGCGCUGGCGGCCAUUAGCAAACUGAACUGGCCGCCAUUCCUCUCGCCGAUUCUCUUUCCUGGGGCUAAGGAAGCCCUGCCGGCGCAAUUGGAGAAGGUGGCUCCCUUGACCUCGCCGGCACACCCAGCGACGGCAUUCACAUCGUGCGCCGUGCUUCACCCUCACGACCCGUCAUGUCUGCGAACAUAUAUCAAAUACUUUGUGCGCGCCUUUCCGGGCAUCGUGCGCUUCUUCACUCUAAUCUACGGCGCCUUCGCUCUCCUGGCUUACAAGAGUCUCCUCAAGGACCCCAAGACUUUCCUAAACCGACUGUCCGCGCGCAUCUUGCGGAUGGCACUGUUCAUCACCGGCGCCAUCGGGUCAUCGUGGGCGUCGAUUUGCUUCUUCAACAUUUACCUGCCUCGCUCGCUGCUCCCGACCCAGCGGUGGUUCUUUGGCGGCUUCAUCGGCGGCCUGUGGGCCUUCGUUGCCCGAUCGAAGGAGCGCGGGAACUUUCUGUACUCUGCUCGCCUCUCAAUCGACUCGCUUUACAAAGUGGGGAAGAAGAGGCAUUGGUGGAAGGGGAUUAAGAAUGGCGAUGUGCUUCUUUUCGUCGCCAGCCUGGCUUUAUUGAACGUCGUUUACGAGGCUCGGCCGGGUGCUGUGCAAGGGGCUAUGAUGAGGAAGGGAAUGGGGGUGUUGAGAGGUGAGGGUUUUACAGAUCGUGCUGAACCAAAGGGACAGAAUGACAAGGAGAAGAUGGAGCGUAAGGAGGCGGAGGAAGAGGCAUUGGGGGAGAAGAUGAAGGAUGAGUGAUGUGUCUGACAAUCGAAUGACUCUAGUCGUAGUUCAGUGGACAUCUGGCAAAGCAGAAUCUGACCAUAUAAAUCUACCGGCACGCGCUACUUUCACACGAGCUCAUGCCAAGCGGCUUUUCAAGACGUGACGUCGCG